ACGGAGCGGCGGCCGGGCCGGGGCCGGCGCGGCCAUGUCCCUGUGCCGGCGGGGGCUGAAGCGGAGCCCGGGAGAUGCCGAGGGUUUUUCCUUCCCGGCCGGGCCCGGGCUCAAGGUGCUCCUGCACUGGGAUGGGCAGCAGGAGCGGGAGCGCUGCCGGGUGUAUUCCCAGGGAUCCCCGAGCGCCGAGGAAAUCUGCAUCGACCUCGCCCGCACCAUCGGAAUCAGCCCGCUCUGUUACAGCCUCUUCGCCCUCUACGACCCCCAGGCCCGGCUGUGGCUCCCCCCCAACCACCAAUUCCAGGUGGGAAAAGACACCAACGUCCACCUGAUCUUCAGGAUGAGGUAUUAUUUCCGGAACUGGCACGGGAUGCACGAGCAGGAGCCGGCGGUUUAUCGGAAUGUGCCUCGUCCCGGGGAUUCCCUGGAGGAAAAAAACCCCGGGGGAGCUUUGCUGGACAAAUCCUCCUUUGAGUACCUGUUCGAGCAGGGGAAGUUUGAGUUCAUCCACGACGUGGCCUCCCUGAAGGAUUUGCGGAGCGAGCCCGAAAUCCAGAGGUUCAAGAACGAGAGUUUGGGAAUGGCCGUCCUUCACCUGUCCCACCUCGCUGUCACAAAGGGCGUUUCCCUGGAGGAAGUGGCCCGGAAGCACAGCUUCAAGGAGUGCCUCCCGCGCUCCCUGCAGCGGCAGCUGCGCGGGCAGGGCCCGGUGACGCGGCUGCGGCUCCGCCGCGUCUUCCGCCGCUUCCUGCGGCGCUUCCAGCGCGGCACGGUGGGCGCCGGGCGGCUCUCGCCGAGAGACCUCAUGGCCAAGUACGUGGCCACCCUGGAGCUGCUGGCCCCCGACUUCGGAUCCGAGCGAUUCCCGGCGCUCUCCCUGCGCGCGGGGGACGAGGGCAGGACGGACACGGGGACGGGGACGGAGCCGGGAAAGCCCCCGAUCCCCCGGGAUCGUCCCCCCGUCACGCACCACGUGCUGGUCUCUGGCACCGCCGGCAUCCAGUGGCGGCCGCUGCCCCCCGAGAGCAGGGAGAGCUUCUCCCAGCCCGGAUCCCUCGGGAGGAGGAGCAGCAGGACCAAAGAGCCGGCCCCGGAGCGGGAGGAGCCCCCGUGGUGCCACUUCUGCGACUUCCCGGAGAUCACCCAUGUGGUGGUGAAGGAGUGCAGGGUCUGCAUCCACCGGCAGGACAACAAGUGCCUGGAGGUGGUUCUGCCGUCCCCCGGCGCGGCCCUGUCCCUGGUGUCGCUGGUGGACGGAUAUUUCCGGCUCACGGCCGAUUCCAGCCACUACCUGUGCCACGACGUGGCCCCGCCCCGGCUCCUCAUGAGCAUCCGCAACGGCAUCCACGGGCCCAUGCAGGAGGAGUUCGUCUUUGCCAAGCUGCGCCGGGAGGAGCCGGAGGAAGGGCUUUACGUCCUGCGCUGGAGCGUCCUGGAUUUCAACCGGAUGAUCCUCUCCGUGGCCAAGAGGAACCCCCAGCAGGCUCCUGGAACGCCGGGAGCCUUCAAGUUCCGGCAGUUCCGGAUCCAGAAGAAGGGAGAGUCCUUCGUGCUGGAAGGCUGGGAGAGGGAAUUCCCUUCCCUGCGGGAGCUCCUGGACGUGCUCAAGGGCUGCACCCUCCGCUCCGGCGAGGAAAACUUCACGGUCAAGAGGUGCUGCCCCCCCAAGCCGGGAGAGAUCUCGGACCUGCUGAUCACCAGGAAGGCGAAGGACGACGGGAAGCAGAUCCUGAACCUCACCCAGCGCAGCUUCCACCAGAUCCGCAAGAACGAGAUCACUCAGUGGCACCACGGACCGACGUCUAGGCGAGCGUUCCGCUUUUUCUUCCCUGAGCUGCCCAGCGGAACUGCCGGGAGCCACGGCGACGGCCGGAUAGCAUCUGAGGAAGUCCGAGGCGGCUGCGGGAACACCGGGAGCCGGCGAGCGGGCCGACUCUGCGAUGCUUCUGUGGCCGCUCCCAAAUCCCAGGGCCCCCUUCCUGCCAUUCCCAGCCAUUCCCAUCCCUAUUUCCCCCAGGCCUUCUUCGAGACCGCCAGCCUGAUGAGCCAGGUGUCCCACGUCCACCUGGCCUUCGUGCACGGCGUCUGCGUCCGCGGAUCCGAGAAUAUCAUGGUGGAGGAGUUCGUGGAGCACGGCCCUCUGGACGUGCUGCUGCGCAAGGAAAAGGGCCGGAUCUCCGUGGGCUGGAAAAUCGCCGUGGCCAAACAGCUGGGGAGUGCCUUGAGCUACCUGGAGGAUAAAAACCUGGUGCACGGGAAUGUGUGUGCCAAGAACAUCCUGCUGGCCAGGAAAGGGCUGGAAGACGGAUCCGCUCCCUUUGUGAAGCUCAGCGAUCCCGGGAUCAGCUUCACGGUGCUCUCCCGGGAAGAGCGCGUGGACCGGAUCCCCUGGAUCGCCCCGGAAUGCGUGCGGGACGUGGGGAACCUCAGCACGGCCGCCGACAAGUGGAGCUUUGGGACGACCCUGCUGGAGCUCUGCUUCGACGCCGACGUCCCGCUGAAGGAGCGAACGCCCUCCGAGAAGGAGCGGUUCUACGAGAAGCGGCUGCGGCUGCCGGAGCCGUCGUGCCGGGAGUUGGCCUCGCUGAUCUCGCAGUGCCUCCAUUACAGCCCCGCGGAACGGCCCUCGUUCCGCACCAUCCUCAGGGACCUCACCCGGCUCCAGCCCCACAACCUGGUGGAUGUGACGUCGGUGAAUCCCGACUUCCCGGUGUCGGACCCCACCGUCUUCCAGAAGCGGUACCUGAAGAAAAUCCGGGAGCUGGGGGAGGGGCACUUUGGGAAGGUGGGGCUGUACUGCUACGACCCCACCAACGACGGCACCGGGGAGAUGGUGGCGGUGAAGUCGCUGAAAUCCGGGAGCAGCCCGGAGCUCCUGAGCAGCUGGAGGAGGGAGAUCCAGAUCCUCAAGACCCUCUACCACGAGAACAUCGUCAAGUACAAGGGCUGCUGCAGCGAGCAGGGGGACAAGGUGGUGCAGCUGAUCAUGGAAUACGUCCCCCUCGGGAGCCUCCGGGAUUUCCUUCCCAAGCACCCCCUGAGCCUUUCCCACAUCCUGCUCUUCGCCCGCCAGAUCUGCGAGGGAAUGUCGUACCUGCACUCCCUGCACUACAUCCACCGGGACCUGGCUGCUCGGAACGUGCUGCUGGAGAACGAGCAGGUGGUGAAGAUCGGGGACUUCGGGCUGGCCAAGGCCGUCCCCGAGGGCCACGACUACUACCGGGUGCGGGAGGACGGCGACAGCCCCGUCUUCUGGUGCGCCCCGGAAUGCCUCAAGGAGUCCCAGUUCUGCUUCGCCUCCGACGUUUGGUCCUUCGGGGUCACCCUCUACGAGAUCCUGACCCGCUGCGAGCCCGGGAGGCAGCCCCCCCGCUGUUGA